AUGCCUACUGCGCACGAGGCUGAUGCGAGCGUUGCCCGCGAGCAGGACAGAUUCCUGCCCGUGGCGAAUAUCAACAGGAUAAUGAAAAAAGCACUUCCGGCGAACGCGAAAAUCGCGAAGGACGCAAAGGAAACAGUUCAGGAAUGCGUAUCAGAGUUCAUCAGCUUCAUCACAAGCGAGGCUAGUGAUAAGUGCCAGCGCGAAAAGAGGAAGACUAUCAAUGGCGAUGAUUUGCUGUGGGCGAUGAGCACUUUGGGCUUCGAAGAAUAUAUCCGACCAUUAAGAGUGUAUCUACAGGGCUACCGGAAUGUAAGUAGUAUUUUUUUUCAUGAACUUGUGUUUUGA